CUUAAGAAUAAUAUGAAAGAAUUUGAGGGUUAUCUGUCAGUAUUCAUCUACCAGUAUGCAAUGCCAGUGGUACAAUAAGGAGUAGUAAGAUUAAUCUCUUCUACAACAAGUGGUAAACAUGGAUGCCAUACGGGAAACUGCCUUCCUUCUCAAAGGCAUCCAGCAUCUGGAUUCAACCAAUGUUCUACCAUCUAUGCUAAAUCUGACUGGCGAUGCCUUCCCUCUGGUUAGAAGUAUACAAGGAAAGGUUCUUGCAGCAGCUACAUCCUAUCAUGAGGGGAGAGUUGCUUGCAUUGGUCAUGAGCAGUUUGUUAACAAGACCAGCAACACUGAUGACUUCCCACGAUUCGUCUGUAACAUCUUCAACUGGCUUGCAAAAAAGAAGCAAACUCCCAGGAUUGGAUUUCUGGUUUCAAGCGGGUACAAGGGAUUGGAAGAGAUCCUUCUGGAGCAAGACUUCAUCCUGACAUACACCAGUCCUGAUAAACUGGGUGCUGUAGAUGUAAUCUUUGCCAACUGUUAUUCCAACUUCAUAGAGCAGGAGUUUGAACGGGUGUGCCAGUUUGUAGCAAAUGGCGGUGGGAUGCUGGUUGCUGGUGAGAACUGGUAUACAAGAUCACUCCAUGCUAAUGACAUACUUCUUGACUGUGGAAUAGAAAUCAGCCAGGAGCAGGCAGGUGGCAAUCAGGACUACCAACCUCAUUCCUUGUCAGCACAAACUCCUACCAAGUACAACUUACAGUUAGAUUCAGGGCAGGUUAAUGACAUUCUUUGGAAAGAUAUCAAAAAAUUAAGCACAGAAAAUCUACAACCAAGUAAACUGGAAAUAUCUGGAGAUGCCUUUCCUGUAAUCACCAGUAUGGAAGGAGACAUCAUUGCUGCAGUUACAUCUUAUGGCAGGGGUAGGAUAAUGGUGCUGGGUCAUGAAGACUUUGUCACCACCAAAGAUAAGGACGAUUUCCCAUCAUUUAUAUUAAACAUCUUCAGAUGGAUGAGUCCUGAAAGAGACAGCCCACCUGCCAGCGUUGGCAUUCUAUUACCAGGAUUCGACUUCCUGCAGGAGAAUUUGCAAGGGAAUGGGUUUAAAGUUAGCUUGAUUACAACUGACAACCUUUGUGAUGUCGACAUUAUAUUUUGUGAUUGUUUCACCAAGUUCACUGAGUUCCAGCUGGCUAGCAUUGACAAGUUUUUGUCUGAAGGAGGUGGAAUGAUUGUGGCAGGGCACAAUUGGUUCUACAAGGUGGACCAUGCCAACCUUGUUUUUCUGAGCUGUGGUAUCAAUAUCACCAUGACAAUGGCUGGUGGUAAUGAGAUAUUUACACCUGAGACAAAUGCAUUCACAGGAAAAGAAAGAGUAGUUAAAUCUACAGUGAAUGAAAUGGAAGUAAGGGAUCUGAUCAUGGAGAAGGUCAAAUAUCUGAAUCUCAGCAACAACGAACCAUCUAUGCUGGAGUUAUCAAAAACUUCAUUCCCAAUCUUAGAAACCAAACAGGGUCGACCAAUUAUAGCUGCUUCUUCAUGUGGUGCAGGAAAAGUUGUAGUAGUUGGUCAUGCAGCCUAUGUCACCAAGCCGCCUGGUGAGGAUGAUUUUCCUGUUGUUGUGGCCAACAUUUUCAAAUGGCUUUGUAAAGGAGUAAAAAGAGAAGAAGCACGCAUUGGCUUAUUGGUGUCAGAAGGUUAUUCACAGCUGGAGAUCACUCUGAGAGAAUCUGGAUUUCAUGUCAUCAACAUCACUUCUGAUAGAGUGGUAAUGAUUGAUGCCCUCUUCACUGACUGUAAGAAGAGAUUUACUGAAACAGAACUAGUGAAUAUCUUUAAGUUUGUUAGUAGAGGUGGAGGCUUGCUGGUUGCUGGUGAUAACUGGUACCAGGAGAAUGAUUAUGGUAAUGACAUCCUCAGUGCAUCUGGUAUAAAGAUCACAAAUAAGUAUGGAGGAAGUGAGGCAAAUGUGUAUAAUGUACAGUCUUCUAAAACAUCAGGCCAGAAGAAACUGGAACGUGCAUAUGGGGCUCAUGUGUACCAACUUCUGCGAGAUGUAAACACACUGAAUGGAGAAAGCACUAUUGCGUCCCUCUUGGAGAUGGAAGACACUGCUUUUCCAGUUGUUAAACAUCAUAACAAUGUCAUAGUAGCUGCCUCACUGAAAGGCAAGGGAAAAGUUGUUACAAUGGGCCAUGAAUCUUUCAUCAACAGAGCGGAAAACCGUGAUGACUUCCCUCAACUGGUCAUCAACAUGGUGAAGUGGGCUUCAAGUGAAUCAUAUGGCUACAGAGUUGGUCUUCUGAUUUCAAACUACUACAAAGGACUGAAGGCCAUACUGAAGAAAGCUGGAAUAUCCUUCAUCGAUAUCACCACUGAUGAACUGGAUUCUGUGGAUGUUGUCUUUGCUGAUUGUUACACAAAGUUCUCUGAAGAAGCGCUUGCAAGAAUACAUGCCUUUGUGCAAGGUGGAUCAGGAUUGAUAGUAGCAGGAAACAACUGGUAUACAAAGAGUACUUAUGCCAAUAACAUCUUGUAUGGCUGUUCAAUUAAGAUCACACAGAGCUGCGGUAGUUCAUUGAAGUGGACAAAGCCUCCAUCUUUAGAAACAUUUGAUAUGCCUGUUUUAACCGAGUUAGAAGAAAGAGCUGAAAUUUUGAAACAUGUUAAGCAAGUUUACUCACGCUCUAAAGUUCCAUCGAUACUCAGACUUGCUGGAGAGGCUUUUCCAUUGGUCAACAUGGGCAAAGGAAAGUUUGUAGCUGCCGGUUCAUCAUAUGGUGAAGGAAGAGUAGUGGUGUUUGGUCAUGAGGAAUUUGUUAGCAGACUUGAUAGUGUGGGGGAUUUCCCAAUAAUGGUGUGUAAUGCAAUCAGAUGGAUAGCUCAGAAAGAGGAGAUUAAUGUUGGGUUCUUAGUUGAAAAGGGAUAUAAAGAUCUAUCAGUAAACCUAAUCACAAAUGGGUUUAAGGUAUCUGUUAUUACUACUGAUGAAUUAGAGGGUGUUGAUGUCCUGUUUACAGACUGCUAUAAGCGAUUCACUAAAUCUCAAUUGCUUAGUCUCCAUGAAUUCAUAGAUAAAGGUGCAGGAAUGGUCCUUGCUGGUCAAAACUGGGAGUACAAGACAAGUUAUGCUAAUGACCUCCUUCAAGGUUGUGGAAUUUACAUCACUGACUAUUAUAGUGGAACUGGCCCACUUUAUAUGUCAAAUAACCUUAGCAGUGUUGGAGACCAAUUUAAGCAAUUCUCUGAAAUUUCAAGUCUUCCGCUUGACGAGGUAUCUGCUAGGAAGGUGCUAUUCAGAGAUGUUAGGAAUUUAGUAGUAGGUAGCAUUGAACCCUCUGUCCUAGAAGUCUCUGGUCACGCAUGUGCUUUAGCUGAAACAGUAGAUGGUAACAUUAUAAUUGCUGCAUCUACCCUUGGCCAAGGUAAGAUACUUUGUAUCAGUCAUGAAGCUCUUUUAAAGGAGACUAGUACUGGUGAUGACUUUCCACUUUUUGUUUUGAACACAUUCAAAUGGUUGACUAAUGAAAAGCCUGCACCUAAUGUAGGUUUCUUGGUGGCGAAAGAUUACAAAGGCCUGGAGAAAACCUUAAGUGAAAACAAAUUCAAUGUCAACUUUAUGACAACUGACCAGAUACACACAGCCGAUGUCAUUAUUGCUGAGUGUUACACAGAGUAUGAUGAAAGCAGUAUAAAUAAUAUCCAGAGGUUUGUCAGAGGAGGCGGAAGUCUCAUAGUAGUCGGGCAAAACUGCCAAUUCAAAACAGUAUUUGCAAAUGAAAUUUUGCUUGGAUGUGGAAUUCAAAUAACAACCAAGUCUGCUGGCAGUAAUCAAGUGCUUUUAGGCACAAAUGAACCAGAGGUAUCAAUUGAUAAGAGUGAUGAAAUCAUAGAUAAAUCGAUGAUGAAAAGGAAAAUCUUGAAAUUUGUAUGGAAACUAGAUGCUACUGGUGUAGAGCCUUCUGAGUUGAAGCUUUCAGGUGAAGCAUUUCCUCUGGUGACAAGUCGACAAAAUCUUGUGGUUGCUGCUGCUGCCCCACUUGGAAAAGGGAAAAUAGUUGUCCUUGGCCACGAAGAAUUUGUUAAGAAAGUUGGAGAAGGAUCCGAUGACUUUCCUCUUAUGGUGCAGAAUAUCUUUGAUGAAUUGAUAAAAGAUGGGGUUAAAAAAGUUGGAAUGCUUGUUUCUUUCGGUUAUGAAGCCCUAAAAUCCAAUCUCAUAGAAGCAGACUUUGAAGUAGCUGAGAUUAACACAGCUGAACUAAAUCUCGUUCACGCUGUCUUUGCUGACUGCUACACAAGGUUUGAUGAGCAGCAGUUACUUGAUAUCUAUAGCUUCGUUACAAAUGGUGGUGGAUUGCUUGUUGCUGGGGAAAAUUGGUUUUUCAAAAAGGAGCAUGCCAAUGAUGUAUUACUUGGUUGUGGAAUCAAAAUAACACCUAGCUUUGGAGGUGGAGAUCAGGUAUAUGAACCAGAAAAUGAUGACAUAUCAGACAUACACAGCUGCAUGAUGAUAGAUGCAAUGACAUCCAAAGAUGCAAUUCUAAGAAACGUCACAUUACUUGAUGGAAGAGGAUGUGAACCUUCUGGAUUGAAGCUUUCUAAUUACGCAUUUCCAUUGGUAAAAAGUAAGCAAGGAAAUGUGGUUGUUGCAGGUGCACCAUUAGAGCGAGGUCAAGUUGUGGUGUUUGGCCAUGAAUCAUUUGUCAAAAAAACUGGAGAGGCAGAUGAUUUCCCACUCCUUCUGCAAAACAUAUUCCACUGGAUGGUGCGUGGAAAAUAUGGUGCUGCUGUGGGAUUACUUUCUUCAGAAGGCUACAGUAGUCUUGAAGACAACCUUAGAGAAGCAGGGUUUACAGUCAUGCCAGUCACAACAGACAAUCUCGGAGAUGUUGAUGCUAUCUUCGCUGAUAGCUACACAAAAUUUGAUGAAAAACAACUCGGUGCAAUACAUUCAUACCUGAGAAAGGGGCGUGGACUGGUUGUAGCUGGUCAUAACUGGUUUUUUAAGCAUGACUGGGUCAACGAUGUACUUCUAGGAAGUGGAAUCGAGAUCACUUCUGAAUAUGGAGGUGGAAAUCAAAUCUAUGAGUUAGAAUCAAACUUCGAGAAGGAAUAUCCAAUUGUGCUUGAAAAUGAGUAUAUUAGUGAAGUUUCAACCAAAACUGAGCUUUUCAAAGGUGUACGACGUCUAGAGGCUUUCGAUAUUGAACCUUCAGAAAUCAAAACAAUCGGAAAAGCUUUUCCUCUAAUUAUAAGCAGAGAAGGAAAGACGAUAGCUGCAGCAGCAUCCUGCGGUCGUGGAAAGGUUGUUGCUUUAGGUCAUGAACAAUUCCUUGAAUUGAAACAAAGCACAUGGAAUGAUUUUCCAAAGUUUGUCACCAACACCUGCAAAUGGUUGUCCAGUACAAGUGGUCAAACCUUUGGCUUUUUGGUUCCCAUUGAAAAAUACAAACGCUUCAAGAACAAUCUUCGUAGUGCCAAGUUCACUGUGCCUGUCAUAACAACUGAUCAGCUGUCAUCAGUUAAUGUAGUCUAUUCAGACAUCUACACUAAAUUUGAUGCAAAAGAGUUGCGCAAGAUCAGAAGUUUUGUAACAAAUGGUGGCGGAUUACUUGUGGCAGGACAGAAUUGGCAUCUGCAAAGAAAUUUUGCUAAUGAUAUUUUGUUUGAUAGUGGAAUAGUGUUCACAAAAUCAAAAGGAGGAGGACAACAAGUGUAUGUACCCACAAUGCCUUACAGUAAACCUAGAGAAGUUCAUUUCUUUGACAUGCUGUUUUGUUGCAUGUUUAAUAAGGUUUGAAUAUAUGUGUAAAGAACAAUGUUGCCUGUUGUUCAGUAUAUAUACCAACUACAACUUUUGUUGUUAUAUUCUCAAAUAACAGCAAGUCACCAUAUUUUUUUAUGUAUUGCAGAUCCCAUUUUACGGGUAGAAAAUUUUAUUUUGAGACCAUAUAUAGGUGAUAAAUUUAGUCUUGUAACGUUUUUCAUCCCUGCACAAGUUUAAAAUGAGCUUUCAUGAAGUACUUUAAAAUGUAAAAAUACUUUCUUCUUUAGUCCACCUAACAAAAUUUUGAAUUUAAGUAUGGCUUCUCCCUGUAAAUUUCUAUCUAUGAAUGUGACACAAUUAAGUCUAUUAGCCACUGAUUUAAGUAGUUAAAAACGAACAACCAACAAACUCUUUCAAAAAAUGUGUUUAUCUCUUGAAAUCUGUCGGAAAUCACAUGUCAGUAAAAAUAUUUUCAAAUUUAUUAGCUUGUAAAAUCAGCGGUGGAUCCUCCAGAGGGGGUGGGGGAAGAGGCCUACGUCUGUUGUUUUUGUACAUAGGUAAUAGACAAUUAGGCACAGGCGGCGUACCAGGAGACACAUACUAAAUAAAAUGUGAUAAUACCGAUAGCGAUUUAAAAACUGAAGUAAAAAUGUUUGGGUUUAAGACACUGAUUUUGUUUGACUUGGUUAUUUCAGAUUACUAUAUAAAUAAGUACAGUAAGCAUAUUUAUUUUUCUGAAAUACUAAUAAAUACUAAUAAAAGUAAAUAUUGAAUUGUAUCUUAUUCAAAAAAUAUCUGUAAAAAAGUGUGCCAUAUUCGAGUUCAUGUCUACUGGGUUGUUAUAUUUAUAUUGAUAUUUAUAACCAUAACCAUAUUAUAAUAUUUCUUUUCGUGGCUUAUUUCUCGAGAACAGAAAAAAAAAUACUUCUUGAGAAUUACUGAAUUGAAUGAAUUAUAGUAUGUUAAUGAUGAGUUUCUUGGGUUUUACUUGAAAACAAUAAAAAAAUAAUCCAUGUAUCUACCAGAUAUUUAAAUAAUAUUCAUUCAACAUUACAACUGUUGUGUGCUAAUAAACAAAUUCACAACUUACUGAAUUAGAAAAAGCACAUACAGUAGUAAAAUGAUAUAGGUUUUAGAGUAAUGAUAUGUUUGCAUAAAUCUUAAAGUAUAAAUAACUAAGAGGUUUACAUUUGCUAAUCCUUUAAACACAACUGUUUUGUUUAAACUAACAUAAAACUAUCAAAGUCCAUUUAAACAGUAUUUAAGUUAAAAAAAUAAAGUUUGAAAUAUACAAUCCAAUCAAAAUGACUUGUUCACUUUCUCCAGAGUAUAUUUCAUACUAUCUUAAAUUCUGUCCACAAGAUCAUAUUUUAUGUGACAAAAGUGUGUGAUGUGCCCACAGGCAUGAAUGUCAUAUUACACACAAAUAUGGGCAUAUUAAUUUUAUUUGACAUAAAAUGUGAUAGUGUUGACAGAACGUUAUGUCAAAGUUAUCGGUGAACCCCAUGUUUAUAUCUGAUAUGAUUUUUACUGGUGGUUCUUGCAAGGUCAUUGAUUAAAUUGGUAUGUUAAUUGUGGUUGAUUAUAAACAUUAAUAAAAGACUAUUUCAAGUACAGAAU